AUGGUGCACAGGUUACACCUGAUCCUUAGCGUCCACGAGAUUGAGCGGUUAAUCAAGGAAGAACACGCGGACGUCAAUCUGAAAGACAUAGACGGCAGCACGGCUCUCCACGUUUCGCGGUCUUCGACGAUCGCUCGUACUCUGAUCGAGCACGGUGCCGAUGUCAACGCCAAGAAUUCUAGAGGAAUGUCUGCACUUCACCGUGCUCGCAACAUUGGCGUGGCUAAAGUAUUGCUUGAACACGGAGCUUUCGUAAACGCGGUGGACAACUACGGCAACACACCGCUUCAUCUCUGCAACGAUACGCAAACGGUGAACCUGUUGCUGCGUCACGGUGCAUCAAUCACCCAUCGCAACAUGAAGGGAGAGACACCGAUCCACAUGUCGACGUACGGCUCCAAGGUUAUCUCCUUGGCGAAGGCCGGGGCGGACAUAGAUUCGGUGGACAACGCGGGAAAAACUCUGUUGAUGAAGAAGGCCAGGUGUUUUUAUGUGUUCCGACUUCUCCGACCGCUUCUGGCCCUCAACCCCUCCGUAUUCCUGAAAGACAACGAUGGGAGGACGGCACUAGAUUUCACCGUCGAGGAAGGCGUUAAAGCGCACUUGAUUCGGUACGGGAAAGACCAGAACUGGCGUCGUAGGAAGACGCUAAUUCUCUUGAGAGAGAAGGCUCGGGUUUUUGUUGCAAUGGAAGACUGCGUGCUUAGGACGGUCGGGUUACCCACUGGUAUUUUCAGGAGUGUUUUGACUUUCCUGUGA